AUGCGCCGGGAGAGUGACUGCGUGGAGGAGAAGGCUCCCGCCAAGGGGGAGCAUGCCGAGUGCAGCAUGCGAGCCCGCAAGAGGAAAGCCGAUGUGGCCACGUUCUUACAGGAUCCUGAUGAAGAAGUUGCCAAGAUUGAGAUGACUAGAAAAAAGCAAUAUGAAAACCAGCCAUCCUGGAAUAAUGUUCACAAGAAUGCCCAUAUGCUGAUUCCUACUCCAGAUAAAGAUGAUGAUCCAGUUGGUGUUGAUUACUCUCACUUUACACAUCUAAGUGUUGUUCCAGCUAGAGCUUCACCGUUACCAGUUCUAGGCUGGGCAAACAGAGAGGAUGUAUGGAAAAACAUGAUAAACAAAGAAGAGAAGUAUGUAAGAGAGAAACUUUAUAUGCAAAGGCAUCCUCUUCUGCAACCUAAAAUGAGAACAAUCCUUCUAGACUGGCUAAUGGAGGUCUGUGAAGUCUACAAGCUUCAUAGAGAAACUUUUUAUUUAGCACAAGAUUUCUUUGAUCGAUUUAUGGCAACACAACAGAAUGUUGUAAAAACACUAUUGCAGCUUAUUGGUAUCUCUUCUUUAUUCAUAGCAGCAAAGCUUGAGGAAAUUUACCCACCAAAGUUGCAUCAGUUUGCUUAUGUUACAGAUGGAGCUUGUACAGAAGAUGAAAUUCUCAGUAUGGAACUGAUCAUUAUGAAGGCUCUUAACUGGAACUUAAAUCCACUGACAGUUGUAUCAUGGUUAAAUAUUUACAUGCAAGUUGCAUAUUUAAAUGAGUUUUAUGAGGUAUUGCUGCCACAAUAUCCACAGCAAAUAUUUGUACAAAUAGCAGAGCUCCUGGAUCUGUGUGUGCUGGAUAUUGGAUGCUUGGAGUACACGUAUGGAGUACUUGCAGCUUCUGCUUUGUAUCACUUCUCCUCAUCUGAGCUGAUGCAGAAAGUUUCAGGCUACAAGUGGUGUGAGAUAGAGGAAUGUGUCAAGUGGAUGGUUCCAUUUGCGAUGGCAUUAAGGGAAGUAGGAAGCUCCAAACUCAAACACUUUAGAGGUAUUGCUCCUGAAGACUUGCACAACAUACAGACGCACAUAACCAGCUUGGAUUUGCUGGACAAAGCUCAAGCAAAACAAGCCAUAUUGGCUGAGCAAAACAGGACUUCACCUUUUCCCACUGGUGUCCUUACACCACCACAAAGUAGUAAGAAACAGUCUUCUGGACUGAAGCCAAUAUGA